AUGGGCGACGCUGCUUCAACGAAGGAAGACUACCUUAAAGUCUGUGCCGAACUGGAGAAAGUGCCUGAUACGGGAAUCUUAGCUGUUUUGAAUUCUGCAGUAGAUGACAGUUUUCUGUGAGUUUUAAGUUCUUGCUUGCAUUUUAGCCUAUUCCAGGAACAAAAUAAUAGGAUUAAGUCUUUUUGAUUAUGGAACUUAUGAAUGAGAAAUUGAGCAAAGCUUGCUCCACGCACGCGAAAUGAAAAUUUGUAGCUUUCAGUUCGCUUGAUGAGGUAAAAAGUUUAAGCCUUUCUGAGCAUCAAGCUGCGGGUUGACCUUAAAGUACACGUUUCCACGGGUAACUUGAUAAAUUUGUUAGAAUCAAGGGACCAGAAGUAACCAACACACAGUUAACAUCUUCCUGAAUGUAAUCUCUGUUUGUUUGUUGCCAAGCAACCAAAACAUUAAUUACAAUGCCAAAAGACAUGUUUUUGCAACCCACGGGUUUGGUUUGAUUUGGAUUUCUCAUGAGACAUGGAAAACAUUUAAUUCCUGCUUUGUUUUGUUAAAGUAGAUUUUUAAAUUAAUUUGUUGCAUGUUGUUCAAGACACCAACAGGAAAGCUGUGAAAUUAAAUCAGUGGUGCUCAAUUAUGAAAAUGUCAGUUUUUGAUAAUAAAAGUGGAAGUGUGUAGGUGUGUUUGAUAAAUCAAGGCCUCUGUAAAAAAAGUGAUAAACUUUUUUCUCAUAAUUUUUCGAGUCUUUCUUCUCUGUCUCUGGUAAAGAACCUAAAACAGUGAAAUAGUUAUUUACUUGUGUGAAAUACUUAAUGCUGUCAUUAAGUUAUUCAUAGACUAAGUUACAGAAAACUGUAAUUUAUUAAUUUUAUGUUACAGGAGAACAUCCUCAAUAACUUGAACUUCCACUCACUGAACUCUGAUAUAACAAUUUUCUUUACACAAUAAUCAUACUGUGUAUUUUUACAAUACAUGGGACCCCUUUAACUCAAUCUCCAGGGGAUACAAAAAAAGAUUCAAGUUAGUGAGGGUUUAGUUUUUGUGCUUGGUGCUGAAUUUCAAUUAUCCUGAUAACAAUUAAUAAGGAAUCGUGGUUCUACCAUUCUUACAAGAUCAAUAGUCAAUUUCAAAUAUUUAUUUUGUUUUACAAAAGCUUUUUUUAACAAGAAAGUUUAGUCUGCAGGAAAGUUUUAGCCUAAUGUAUUAGGUUUUUUUCAUGAAUGUUAUCCUGUCAGUAUCAUUUGCAAUUGAAGAUUGAGACUUGUCAAUCAGCUAUGUUCUCACACUUUGAGAACAUGUUUAUCAACUGAUGUUUUUAUUUAAAUUUUGAUUUAUUAGGGUAAAUGCGAGGCAAGGGAAAGUAAUAUUAAUUUAAGUUAACAAUGAGUUUGAGUUAACAGACUCUGAGUUAGCUGGGGUCAAAUCCAAGGGAAAUUGGAUCUGGUUUGAGUGAGUUGAGUUUUUACUAAUAAUUACUUUUUGCACUUAAAACAUGUCUUUGUUCAAUAGCAAUUUUAAGAACAAACUAAUCAACAUCACAUUGUCCUUAUAACAUUAUCAAGUUGAAUUAUUUAUUCAAGAAGUGUGUCUCCCUUUUUUAAUUGAUAAUGAAUUCUCCCAUAUGUUUUGCUAUUUGACAACAGGGAUCCCAUCAUUGAGUUUGACUUGUUCCUACAUGGUAACAAACAGAAUGAGCGCAAUGAAAUGUACAGAAGACGACUUACUGACGAGGUACUAUUGGAAUAUUGUUAUCACUCCUUGCUUUAGCUGAAUACCAAUUUCUUAUUAUUUUCUCAAAACUUCUGACCAUUUUAGAAAUAAAAUCUUGCUCCAUGUUCAUAAUUUAACAUACAUGUCUGUUUGCAUGUUUAUGUUUAUCAAAAACUGUGUGCUGCAAUACCCAAGAGUCAUGUCAUACUCAAAAUUGUGGAAAAAAGUUAAGCUGGUGGCUGAAAUUUCAAGUGAGGCUGCUCAAGGAUUUAAAGAUUGUCAGUGCCUAUCAUCAGAAGUGCCUGCUUGGCUUUCCAAGCGAUUGCCAGUUAAAAAUUUAUCGGGGAAUCCCCGCUUUUUAAUACUGUGAAUUUGGCAAAAAGUCAGCCAUUGAUAUGAUGGCUUAUUUUAUAAUAAUGUUAUAAUAAUAUUUUAUAAUAAUAAUGUUCUUUCUUUCUUGUUCAGGAUGCAUCCAUAUUGUAUAAAACAUUAAGAAGCAACACUUUUGUAAUUGGACUUGAUUUAGGAUAUAACUGCAUUGGAGAUGAUGGUGCCAAUUUGAUAAGUCAACUUCUCCAGGUAUAGUUUGAAAAUGAAUCAGUUAUUUUGUAGAAUAAUAAUAAUAAUAAUUAUAGAAUAAUAAUAAUAAUAAUAAUAAUAAUAAUAUAAUAAUAAUAAUACAAGAAGAAACAACAUUUCUUAUUCCAUAAGUUUAGGGGUUCUUGAAUGUGAUGAAUAAGACUGGUAUGAAUCAAGGGAUAACAUAGAGUACCCUUAGUAGUAUUUUAAAGGGGGUAAGUUUCUAAAGAAACUGUCAUGCUGCAUUGGUGGGGUGGGUAAUACACUUGAUAAUUUGAUUUUAUCAACUGAGUUGAUGUGUAAAUUGGCCACCUUGAAGAGUUUCUAUGGGUUAAGCAUUACUCCUUCAUCAGAAGGAACAAACAAGGGUUAAUGCUUGAAAAGUCAACACCAGAUUAACUCUUUGCGGUGGUUAAUUUAAUUAUCAACUUAUGAUAAGUUUAUAAAACAAAUAAUCUUCACUUGUAAAAUUGAUCUAAGAAUUACUUUUUCUGUUUAUUAAAAAAUACUACUGCAAUGAACCCUUUUGAGGCACAGGUAACUGACAUCAAUGUCAGUUAAAUAGGUGAUUUUCUAUUUUACAGGAGACAGUUUGUCUUCAGUGGCUAGUGUUGAGUUACAAUGACAUAGGACCUGCUGGAGGUGAGGCAAUUGCAAAAGGAUUGCAGGUAAUUUUAAAAUCUUUAUGAGCUAAUUCAGCUAAAAAAUAAAAUCAAAAUGAAAUGAGAUAACUGAAAACUAAUAAGUAUUAAAGUGUAGCAGCAGACAGAAAAUGAUGCAAGGCUCUAUUGAUAUAUAUCCUGCUCCCAGUCAAUCAAUAUGGUCCCUGUCAAAAAAUGUCUCUUAUAGGUACCACAAAUGUGGACUGUUGACCGCUGAGUUAAGGGUAUGGUUGUAUCAAUACUUUGUUUACAAUUUCAGGUCAAUGAAACCCUUGGUAAACUGAGAUUAAAUGGCAACAAAAUAAAAAACAAAGGUGGAAUGGCCAUUGCAGGAGCUCUGCAAGUAAACACAAUGCUAGAGGAACUUGAUCUUGGUGAAACUGACCAGGUAAUGGACAUCAAAAUUGAUUUGGUAGGGUGAGUUUUACUCUUGGUGUUGCACGGCAACACUCAAGCCUGUUCUAGGAAAAUAAUUAAAAACUGGUUAUUCAUUGCUCCUUAAAUUGAUUUGUAACCCAAAGUUUGAUUUUUUUAAAAUUACCAAAGGAAUCAUUCUCUUGCAGGAGAUAGAAAGCAUAAUAGCCAUGACCACUGUACUGAACUUGAACAACACGUUAAAAUCUGUGAAUUUGAACAGACCUGUACUCUUUACCCGUCAGGUGAGAUAGUAAUUACAUAUUAUAAAUCUGUAUUUAAUAUGCUUUAGCUCAUGUACAAUACAGAUGGCAAAAUCUAGCUUGUUCCACCAUUUUUGCACAUUUGGUAGAGCACUGCAUCAGUCAUGGGUCAUGGGUUCAAAUCCCAUACAGAAAUACAUUUUUCAGGCCUUAUUUAAUUACUACUGCUCAAGUAGUGUUCAUUACUGAAGAUCGCUUUCAUAUUUACUUUCAGUGGUCUGUUGAGAAAUACCAUAAAACACAUGUUCACUGUUUUUUUCAUCUAUAAAUAAUUUGCUCAAAUGUUUAUUUAAUUUGGUAAUUUUCAGGAGGAAACUACAGUUCAUGUGGCCAAAAUGCUGAAAGUGAAUGUUAGACUACGAGAAAUCCACCUAACACAUUAUGACAUGAGAGACUUUGGUGCUGAGAGAUUGAAGGAAAACCUCACAGAUAACUUAACACUGACACACCUGGAUUUAAGAAGGUAAUCAUGAGUAACUAAAGUAAAAAAAGUAAAGCCUUUAUACACGCCCAAAUGACCCAUGGGGCCAGCGCUUAACUCUGGUUUCCUUAGCAUGAAGCGGCUAGGAGUACUGCUACUCCCCCCUGGAUGGGAUGCUAAUCCACUGCAGGGUUACCCCCAGCAUAUUUGCUGGUACCCAUUUGUACACCUGGGUGAAAAGAAGCACUGUGAGAGUAAAGUGUCUUGCCUAAAAACACAACACAAUGACCCCAGCUAGGGCUCGAACCUGGACCACUUGAUCUGGAGUCGAGUGCACUAACCAUGAGGCCACCACGCCUCCACAUGAGUAACUAAGAUGGAGAAUUAAUACUACUACAAAUUCAUCCUGACAGGAAGGCUGUAAUCAUAUGAUUGUGCAGCAACUUACAGGCAUUGUUUUCUGUAAAAUGAAUUUACUGAUAGAAUUUAUGGUAUAAGCAUCAAACACAAUUGCGGUACUUUCAAUGUAACUCUUGUUAUAUUGGUGGCUCAGAGGACAUACCCAGCUGUGUAAUAAAAUCUUUUGAAUGAUGUGACCUUUCAUUUCUAUCCCCUCAACACAGCAACAACAUCACAAGAGAUGGUGCCAAACAUCUGGCUAUCCUUCUGAAGAGCAACACUCCUCUUGAAGUACUGAACUUGGCAUACAACAGAAUUGAAGAUGAUGGGGCCAUUGCUCUGGCUGAUGCAUUAGCUGCUUACAACACCAACCUUACCACGUAAUGACAUUUAGCUUGUGCAGUGUACUAAUGACUGUGAUCAGAAUUAUUAUCAGCCAUUCAGUCACUUUUCAUUCUACCUGAAUCACUGGGGCAAUCAUUAAAUCUUCCAAAUGAGCAAAUCAUGUUAUCCAUCAUUUAAUCACCCAAUUCCUCACUCAAUUCAUCAAUCAACCAAUAAAUAAGACCAAUCAGUCAAUCAAUCAAACAAUCAAUUAAUCAGCAAUUAGCAUAACAUUGAACACAAAUAGAGGUAGACUCAGCUGGGAAGAUUUUCAGUUUGUGUCCUAUUAUGCAGCAUAAAGACUCAUUCAGUGCUCUCAAGUGCAAUACAUUGCAUACAGCCCUUGAAUUUACAAACUUCUGCACUAUAUAAAGCUUUUAAACUUCCAAGAGAGAAAUCAUGAAGUAAAAACACACCAGAACUUGACAUGUUGUGAGUAUAAUCAGAAACUUCAACACCAAGUGAGCAGCAAAACAAAGAAGAUAAAUGUUCUUACUAAUUCUUGGUAAGGAAAGUUUGGAAGCAAAAUACACUUAACAUUGUUAUAUUUCACAGGUUGGGGAUUUGUAGCAAUAACAUAGCUGGUGAUGGAUUAUGUGCAGUGGCCAAAGCAAUGAGAAGCAAUGGUGCACUUCAUGCUGUUUACAUAUGGGGAAAUAAACUGGAAGAAGCAGCAUGCAGGGUAAGUGCAAUGUACAUGUAACACAACAAUUCAAAUCCCCAUAUUGGAGUGUAUGUACAUGUAAACAUAACAGACAGCCAAUUAGGUAACAUUGUAGAAAAGCCAGAUAAUGCUGUCUAACAAAUAAAUCACUAUCCUGUGGAUAUCCAACCUUCAAACAACCAGGGCCAGAUGGAUAUAUUUGACAAAGAUUUUGAAAAUUGAGUUUUUUACACACCAAAUUUCAGUGAGACUAGGAGGUGCAAUGUGAGAAAUCUCAGCAAACUAAAAAAAAAAAGAACAUGUUGAAUAAUAUUUGGGGCCUGGUUGUACAAAGCUGGUUAAGAUAACCCAGGGUUAGUGUAAAAUUUAAUUUCAGAUCUAUAGGGUUUGGAAGAAAAUUUAGGUAAAUCCCGUUUUUCUACAAUUUGAUGAUUGAAUGCUCCUAAAAGGAUUGGGAAAAUUACCCCAAAGGUCUUUUGAACAGAGAAAUAGAGAAACCUGGAUUAAAAUUUGACCUUGGGUCACUGCUAAUCAGCCUUCCAACACCAAGGCCCAGUUCACAAGUACCAACAAAGUAGUAAUCUCCCACUCAGUGUUAUGUUGGUUUGCUUUUUUGUAGGCUUUUCAGGAUUUGUUGGACGGCCCUGUUCCUCGCCUUGACCCAAGCAAUACAGAUGUCGAGCCUUACAUAGUAGAUGGUGUGGUAUAUUUAGCAAGACUUUCAAGCCCAUUUUAGUAAAACUUAAGGAUGAACAGACUGAAAAGUUAUCAUAACUACAUAGACUGGUAUGUAUCAAGUGGACUUUACCUCAUCAACAUCUGUUGCAAAUUGUGUUAUUUUCAAGUUCUUAGGAACUGUUGUGUACUUGUUAAGGUUUUUAUGAAUUUUCUUAAAGCAACACUUCUCAUCUAACACUGUUCCAAUGCUAUAGUGAUAAAAGUUAAUGAAGAGAUGAAAGACACAUGGUUUAUGCUGAUACUAAAUAUUUAUUGAAUAAAUGAUUAUUUUUUUAUGCAACUUGAGUUUUGUAUAAAGAUCUUACUCUGGACAAAAUGCACAUUUCAUACA